AUUCACGCUCAUUUGCUCGUUGAAGAAACAUCUCAGUGCAAGUCGCAGAGGGAGAAUGCGAUUUUCAGCAUGGUCCGCGGUUCUCCUUGUGGCGUCCCUCACUAUCCGCGUGGAGGCCAGUCCAAUAGAUGAGACUUACUGGGUGCACAGCUUCGCGAAAGAGUUGGAAGCGAGCAGAGUUUCUUCGGGUGGCUCCAUCGCCUAUUGCGAAGUCUGCCGAGCUACCGUAGGACUGAUAAGAGCCCACGGCGAAAGCACACCUUCGGAAACGCUGCUAGAUGUGCUCAUUUUCCUUUGCAAGAACCUGGGAAUCGAAUCGUCGCAGGUGUGCCAUGGAAUAAUUCCUAAAUUCAAAGACGUUCUCUUCACUACGAUCAACAAAACCCCUCUGAGUGCGUCAGAUAUUUGUUCCCUCGCAUUCAAUAACCAAUGCGGGAGUACCAGCACGGAAACACAAUGGUCCGUCAAUACUACAGGAGUUCCAAAACCGCCCGUUAGACAGGUCCCUUUGCCGAAACCCGGGUCCCCGGUUCUGAGAAUUGCCCAACUGGCCGACACCCAUGUCGACGAACGAUACGUUCCCGGCAGUCUCGUGGACUGCAACGAUCCGCUUUGUUGCCGAGCGAACUCUACGCCGAAGAAAAAUCCCCUCGGAGAACCGGCGAAGGCUGGAUUCUGGGGGACUUAUUCCCGAUGCGACGUACCACAACGAACACUGAGAGAGUCAGUGCGAUAUCUGGCGGAAGUUGUGAAGCCAGAUGUUGUUUAUUGGACGGGGGACAUCAUGCCUCAUGACGUUUGGGAAAACACCAGAGAAGACAAUUUGCGACAAUUUAACGACACAUUAAGCCUGCUGAAAACACAUCUCCCCGCAGUGAAGGUAAUUCCCGCCAUGGGAAAUCACGAGGGAGUUCCCGUCAACUCGUUCCCCAUUCCCCAAAUUAAAGGGGAUCUUUCCGUCGAGUGGCUCUACAAUUCUCUCGCCGACCUCUGGUCCUACUACAUCCCGGAAGAAAACUUGAAGACAUUCCGUUACGGCGGUUAUUUCAAGUAUGAUCUCAAUCCCAAACUGAGGAUCUUAUCGCUCAACAUGAACUAUUGCAACAACUUCAAUUGGUGGAUCCUUAUCAAUGGAACCGAUCCAACGGAACAACUCGAUUGGUUUACGAAGCAGCUCCAGGAAUGCGAGGAUAAAGGAAUCCUAGUUCAUUUGAUCGCUCACAUUCCACCGGGCUCGGACAACUGCCUGGCUGUUUGGAGCAGGAACUUCAACGAGAUCGUGAAUCGCUACGAGUCGACCAUCGCCGGCCAUUUCUACGGCCACACCCACAACGACGAGUUCGAGGUGUUCUUCGACAAGGAUAACGCGACGCGACCUUUCGCCACGGCCUUUAUCGCUCCGUCGAUAACAACGUUCGAGACAGGCGACCCCGCUUUUAGAGUCUAUCACAUCGACGGAAUUCACGACAAUUCAACGUACCAGGUGAUCGAUUAUGAGACGCACUACAUGAAUAUGGAGCUGGCCAAUCAAAACCCUAACGACACCUACAUUCCGGAGUGGGACAUAACAAUGUCAGCAAAAGAGGUCUACGGCUUACCGUCAUUGCAGCCCCAAGCGUACGCCGACUAUCUGAAAAAAUUGGAAUCCGAUGACGGAGCCUUCAAGGACUUCUUCAAAGUUUACAUGAAGCGCUUGGCUCAUGCGACUUACGACGAUGCGUCGAAGGCGAGCAUUCUCUGCAAUCUUCGGUCAUCGGAAUCGAAUGCUAGCUGUAAAGUUUGAGAUUUUUUUUGCGCCUAUCCGAUAGCUAAAGAUAUUCCCUUCCGAGGGAAUCUUCGUUGAAGAGUCGCGCGAUUUUUGUGAGCGCGGCUCCUAGUCUCUACAUUCAUGUAUCAUUAAAUUUAGAUAAGACUCGGAGAGAAGAAAUAAAUCAUUUCACUCACGAAGCGA